AUGAUGCACACAGAUGAUGACGAGAACCACUCGUACGCACAUGAAACAACAAUGUCAAUCCUUGAACAGUUAAAACCCUAUUCAUGGGAAUCCAAAGCAGUGAUGGUGCUGGCAGCAUUCUCUGUGGAAUAUGGCACUUUCUUCCAUCUUUCGCAGGUUUCUGCAGAAGACAGCCUUGGGAGAUCAUUAGCAGUGUUUGAAGGUUAUGAAGAAGAGUUUGUGCCUUCUUUGACAGAAGCCAUGCAUGAGUUCCCUGCGUUUGUUUAUUGGGUUGUCCUCACCAUUGUUGCUUGUGCUCUUCAUUUUAAGUUCUUCUUGGGUUCUCAUUGGAAGGCCAUAUAUAAUUUAUCGUCUAUCAGCAGCAAGAUUUUCGCGGUUCAUAGCAAAAUCAAGGCGCUUACAGGGAGGAUAAGGAAAGAGAUAGCACACGCAUAUGGGAGCCCCGAAAGUUCAAAAGGAAUGUUAGACAUUUUAAUUGAAGAUUUAGAUCUCUCAGAUUAAUCUUAACUAUGAGGCGAUGGUGAAAAAAAAAAGGAAGGGUUUUGAUGAAAAAGGAAGAAGAAAAUGGCAUAGAUUAAUGGAAUCUUGUAUAGUUUUUUGUUUGUUACAUCAAGUGUUAACCUCCAUAUUUAGCACUCAAAAAUAUUUUUUCAAUAACAUUUUAACAUCUUAGAGUAA